UCUUCCUGCACGUUUCACGGACGACUUGCCUUGAAAAACACUGUACAAUCUUGUAUAAUUUAACAUAAUCGUGGGGUUUAUGUCGGGCUCGUCAUACUAAAAACUGCCAUCAUGUCAUUCCGUCAGGGCAUAGCUAGUACGCAUAUAAAACCGCUGGCUGGUCGAAUAACUAGGAGCUUCCUCCAUACCGAAGGCACCCAUGAGGCGGCAUCACGAUCCGUGUACUAUGAAGGCAGAUGCCAGUAUCUUGAAUUCACUGACAACUCGAUUUUGGAGGUAUGGCUCGACCACCGGAACCGUGUGGAUGUGGCGCUACUUGUGGCAAUUGCGGCUUCCUCAAAGAUACAACUUCGCUCAGCCUUUGGUCGUUCCCGCUAUAGGGCAUCUUAUUAAGGGCGAACAUUCAAGUCAAGCUCUGAGCUUGUGCCCCAGAUGAUCGGCAGCUUUACAACUACACUUAAAGUUGCAUCCUUCCAGGCACAAUGUUGUUCUGUAGGAAGGUCAUGCGGAACGUUCCACAUCGCACCUGUCCAAUUAGGUUCAAUAGCGAUCUCUUGCUUUAACCUCAAAAGGGUGUUUUCAUUACCCGUUUUGUUGCAUGAGAUCUUCCUCGCAUCAUGCGGACCUUGCAUCUGUUCAACGUUCAACUCUUGACAGCAUUAAUAUGUAAUUCUGCCCCAAGACGAAGGUUAUAAGUCACAGACAUGGGGUGAAGGUGUCCCUGUCCAAAUUCGCUCUUUUGCGUCUCCCCCCGGCCAUUGCAGUCAACAUGUCGAACGAUACCGUCAUCGGAAUCGUUUUACUUGCUCGUCACGGAGACCGUGAAGGAUUCUACCAAGAUCCUCAUACUUACACGGCUUCUGCGACUGCGAUUACGCCACUUGGAACAGAACAAGAGUUCCAACUGGGCUCACUCCUGCGUUCUCUUUACCUUGACCCCUCUUCCCCGACAUUCAUACAGGGCAUCAACAACUCGACGUCAUUAUUCAACCAAUCUCAAGUUCAAGUCCGCGCUGAUGCUGGAGGAGAGGGCGGUGUCAUUUUCGACAGUUCGGUCGCUCUUCUUCAGGGAUUGUGGCCUCCUACUCCCUUGUCUAAUACGACUUUGGCCAAUGGCACAACUGUCACUAGUCCCCUCGGUGGUUAUCAAUAUGUUCCCAUCGAGUCCGUUGAACCCAAUCAAGAUGUGUCUCUCGAAGGAUUCACCUCCUGUCCGGCCCUCGAUGACAAGAUUGCGGCAUUCUACAAUUCUAUAGAGUUUCAAGAAAAGGCCAAUGAGAGCGCAGCUUUUUUGUCGCAACUCCCGCCAUUUUUGGACGGUAGGCCGGUCACCCUGGUGAACAUGUGGAAUAUUUUCGAUUUCAUGAAUGUCCAGUCCAUCCACAACGCUACCUUUGCUGAUCGCCUUCCUCCUACUUUCCUCGAACAAGCACAUGAUCUGGCCAAUUUCCACGAGAACGGCAUAUUCAGUGAUCAACAAUUCGACGGAAUUGGUAACAUCGCCGCUCGUACGAUGCUUCCUUCUCUUCUCACUGCCCUCAACCGAAUUGCGAAUGCAUCCGACCCGCUCAAACUCCACUAUUCGGCAAUCUCAUAUAAACCGUUCCUGAGCUUCUUCAACAUGACCGGCGUCGCCAAGCUCGGGGAAGUUGAUGCUGGAAUUGUGAACUACGCCGCAGCUGUGAUCGUUGAGGUCCUUCAACCUGCUGCAGGCGGUGAACCCUCGCUUCGCUUCAAAUUCAAGAACGGUACAGAUGACGCUAGCUUCUUUACCGGAAUCCUCCAAUUCCCGGGGUGGAACAAUAUAUCGGUCGAGACGGUUCCUCUGACAACCUUCAUCGAGGCAUUCGAACCCGCAGCGAUCAAUACCACCUUGGAGUGGUGCAAGAUCUGUCAUCAAACUACCGAAAGAGGAUGUGCAGCAGUACUCAACCCGUCUCUAGCAAAUGCGGUGGGGGAGUCAGUUGCUAUGCCAGAGUCAGGACACCAUGAUACAAUCAGUCCUGUGGGUGCAGGGUUCCUUGGUGCAGGUUUGACUAUAGCUGUCAUGCUCGUUGCGUUUGGUGUGUUGGUCUUUCUUGGAGUGUUGUCUAUUGGGAGGGGCAGGCGAAGUGGAAAGAAGCUCGUGCCAAUGUCCAAGUGUUCGUCUGGAACAGCAAGUGUGAACGUUUUGUCUUUGGCCAUUGCCAAAAGCUACUCAGAUAGCAGUGAGUGAGCCUACGAUCUCGGAUCUCGUACGAUCGAUGUGAUCUACUUGGGUCGAUCACAUUCUUUCGCGGAAUCAUUUUUAUCUUUCACCCUUACGCAAAUCAUGCAUAAACUCAAACUCAAAUU